GGCGCUAAUGUCACCCAUUUUUCACACCGUAAACAUGCUCAAUUUCAUCACCCUCCGCUCGAGAAAUACUGACACAAUGCCGCAGCAACGCAAACACACGCCGUGACAACCGCCCGCAUUGGACAGACUUGAACAAAUACUUUGUGCUGUUUUAUUUUUGACACGGUCCGCGACGCUGGAAGCCGAACUCCGACCAAAACAUGGGGCUGCCCGACCAGCGUCCUAACCAUCAGUGCUAACGUUAGCACAGCUAGCUAACAGCUUGCCAGGCUUUCAGAGGAAGAGGAAUUGAAUAUCGUUGUCAUUGAUCUUGUCUUGAAGCCUGUGUUAUUUUUCGCAUAGCUGACCAGCUACCAGUUUGUUUACGGAAGUAAAUAGAACCAGAAGCAGAUAUUUAGCUAAAGUAAACACCGUCUUUAGCUUGUCAGUUAGCAGCUGUUGGUUAUUGCUGUUGGUAGUGCCACAGUAAAGAUAGCCAUCUUACUAUCCGAUUAAUUGUUGCUGAAUGGGGUGGAGUUGUCAUUAGUAGUGUCACACUGGCUACAAUAACGUUAGAUCAGUUCCAGUUUAGGAAGACGGUGUUAGACAAAAUGGUGUUAAGGAGUUGCUGGAAGUCUCGACAUAAAAACAGCUGUGGACCUGCUCCUUGUUGGAUCCGACCAGGAUUGGCAGCUUUGCUCUGGUUGUGUGUGAUCCAGUUUGUUUGCAGCAUUGGGGUGGUCGGGGAGACUCCAAAUGUGGUCCAGAAAGAUGCAGAGUUUGAUGUCACAUAUAAUGACACAGUUACAAGUGAAAACCAGACCAUCUACGCUUUUAAUCACACUAUCUCCAGGAAUAAGACGGAGGGUGUCCAUGUGUCUGUGGACGUGUUGUCACGCGGUUUUGAGAGUCCCAUCCUGUUUGUGGUCCGACAGAAGCAAGCUGUGCUGUCUUUUCAAGUCCCUCUCAUUCUAAGAGGCCUCUACCAGAGGAAGUACCCUUACCACCAUGUGGGCCGGACAUUGUGCCAGCCUCCGACCCGGGCCGCCUCUGAGACCCAGUUCUUCUUUAUUGACGUGUCUACCCUGUCCAGCCAGGGUACAAGCUACCAGCUCAGAGUCAGCCGUGUUGAAAGCUUCAACCUGCAGACAGACAAGAAAUUCAGCUUCACCGCGUCACCAUCUCAACCUCAGUACUUCAAGUAUGUUUUCCCGGAUGGGGUGGACACUGUGAUCGUCAAGGUCGACUCAGACAUGACCUUUCCCUGCUCCGUUAUGUCAAUCCAGGACAUCCAGUGUCCUGUCUAUGACCUUGACAACAAUGUGGCCUUCAUCGGGAUGUACCAGACUAUGACCAAAAAAGGCGCAAUCACUGUACAGAGAAAAGAUUUUCCCAGCAACAGUUUCUAUGUGGUAGUUGUGGUAAAAACAGAGGACGAGGCGUGCGGCGGUCCGCUGCGCUUCUACCCUCUCCGUCCUGAUGAGCUGAUCGACGCCGGCAACCGCACCAAGUUCAUCGAUGUGAUCGUCACCCCCCGCUAUCAACUGUAAGUCACAUCGGAGGUGUAUGUGAUGGGCAUGCUGUUCUGUCUGGGUAUCUUCCUCUCCUUCUAUGUGCUCACCUUGCUCAUGGCCUGUCUGGAGAACAAGGGAAUGAAGAAGACAGAGGUGUUUCAGGUUUCUGCUGACAUGUCACCUGCUGAGACAGCCUCUCUGCUUGGGAAGAACGGUGACGGUAAAACUCCAGCCUCACCAUAUGAAUAUGGCUCCUUCCCUGACAACGGCAGCACACUCAGUUCAGAGGCCAUCACUGACAGCGUCACAUCAACUGACAACAACUACAGAUACAUAGGACAGGAGCCUUUCAAACGUCGCACAAUCCUCAAUCACCUUCACAUAGCCAUCCCCAUUGAUCGAUCGUUGGACAGUGCUGGACGCAGCAGGCACGAGUCUCUGAGCUCUGUGGAGGAGGAUGACUACGACACGCUGGAUGACAUCAACUCAGACAAAAACAUUGUCCGCACCAAGAAGUUUCUGUACGUGUCUGACUUGUCCCGCAAAGACAAGAGGAUCCUCAGCAAGAAAUACCAAAUCUACUUCUGGAACAUUGCUACUAUUGCUGUGUUCUAUGCGCUGCCAGUCGUCCAGCUGGUCAUCACAUAUCAGACGGUGGUCAAUGUUACAGGAAACCAGGACAUCUGCUUCUACAACUUCCUGUGUGCCCACCCUCUGGGAGCUCUAAGUGCGUUCAACAACAUCCUCAGUAACCUCGGUUACGUGCUGCUGGGAUUCCUCUUCCUCCUUAUCAUCCUCAAAAGAGAUAUCGUCCACAAUCGAGCACUGGUCCGCAACGAUCGCAACGCGCUGGAAUGUGGUAUCCCAAAGCACUUUGGUCUGUAUUAUGCCAUGGGAACUGCUCUGAUGAUGGAGGGCCUGCUCAGUGCCUGCUACCACGUGUGUCCCAACUACACCAACUUCCAGUUUGACACCUCCUUCAUGUACAUGAUUGCUGGACUGUGUGUGUUGAAGUUGUAUCAGAAGAGACACCCAGACAUCAACGCAAGUGCUUACACCGCCUACGCAUGCCUGGCCGGGGUCAUCUUCUUCUCUGUGCUGGGAGUGGUAUUUGGCAAAGGAAACACCGUCUUCUGGAUCGUUUUCUCCGUGAUCCACAUUCUGGCCACGAUGCUCCUCAGCACGCAGCUUUACUACAUGGGCCGAUGGAGGCUGGACUCCGGGAUCCUGCGCAGGAUGGUGUACAUCGUGUACACAGAUUCCAUCAGACAGUGCAGUGGACCGAUGUACAUUGACCGUAUGGUUCUGCUCGUAAUGGGCAACAUAGUCAACUGGUCUCUAGCUGCCUACGGCCUCAUCGAGAGACCGAAUGACUUUGCCUCCUACCUGUUGGCCAUCGCUAUCUGCAACCUGCUGCUCUACUUUGCUUUUUAUAUCAUUAUGAAGUUGCGGAGCAGUGAGAGAAUCAAGUGGCUGCCGUUGGUGUGUAUUCUGUUCACAGCCGUGGUGUGGGGCUUUGCACUGUUUUUCUUCUUCCAGGGUCUCAGCACCUGGCAGAAAACUCCAGCGGAGUCUCGUGAACACAACCGGGACUGUAUCCUGCUUUCAUUCUUUGAUGACCACGACAUCUGGCACUUCCUCUCCUCCAUCGCCAUGUUUGGAUCCUUCCUGGUCCUCCUGACCAUGGACGACGACCUCGACACCGUCCAGAGAGACAAGAUCCUCGCCUUCUAGAUAUGUCAGAUUUUCUGAGAUGAGCUCAGCUCUUCCACUCUGCCUUAUCGCCCUUGUCUCGCUCCGUUUGCUCCGUCAUGUUCUAAAAAAGAAAAAAGAAGCACAGCCAGUAGCCUGUUUUUCCCAGGCUGUACAGCACCUCUCUGCCUGCCUGACACAGCCAAUCAGCCAGUCAGAGAAGGGCAGUAGCCCCUCCCUCCACAUAUAUGGACACACACGUGCCAAUGAAGAGUCUGGUUCGAGUGUUACUGAAGUGUUUUGUCCUCUCGCUGCCAUCAUCAAUGUAACUGUAAUCGAUGUUUACUUCCUGCUGACGAUGAAGAUAACUAUGUACACACUUGCUCAAAGAAACUAUCCUAAUUAACUUAUUUUAUACUGCAUUACAUUUGACCUACAAGUCAGCAAUGCAUUUUGAAAUCACUGUUUAUAUACUGUGAGUGUGUACGUAUGUGUGUGUUUACAAACAUAAAUGUGGGAAGAUGAAUUCUGUUCAGUCUGUCAGUGGCCUUUUAAUGUUCUAAUCAUGUUAGUCACAUACUGUGCUCUGAUUGGUCAGAUGCUCGACCUAGCCGUCCUUCUCAUUGGAGAAUAUUAUCACUAAUAAUAAUGAUGAUGAUGAUGAUUGUAUUGACUGCCCUGAAGUCUGAAUGCAAAGUUACUUUUUACAUUGCACUGUAUGACAAAUGGAUUUUAAUGUUUAUCAUUGCAAUGAGCGAUUACUAAAUAAAGCUCUCAUUUUCAGAUACUUCUAUUGGCUAACUUCUGUUAUGACCAUCUGUAAUCUAUGAAUUUAAGCAACAUCUUGAUAAUACAGUGGAAAGUUCUUGGUUAUUACUAUUAUUAUUUUAUUUAUUUCUAAUAUUACCAUCUUAUUGGCAUUUGUAUAUUUUAUUACAUGAAUAUAAAGUAAUGAAAUGGA